AUGUGCGGGUCCGCGGACGCCAUGAAUCGGGAAGAUCAUUUUUAUCCUUCUCAGGUUUUUAAAGACUCCUGUGCCUACCAGAGAGCACACGGGGAGGACUACAGCCACAGCCCGCCGCCCUGCCUCUACAUGAGCAGGCAGGUCCACUCCGUCUACACACCGCCGUCCAUGGGAGCCUUGGAGCAGGCCAGCCUUCCUGACAUUGCCUCUUACAGUCUACCCAUGCGGGAAGAUCCAGGUGUGCCUCAGCUCCACCAUCCUCAGGGGCUCCAGCAGCAGCCUCUCCCGCCUGCUGCAGGCUAUGGAGACACGGGGGAACAGAGCACAUAUCACCUCCCUUUCCCCUGGAUGAAAACCACAAAAUCUCACUCACACACCUGGAAGGGACAGUGGGCAGGCCCAUACGUGAUAGCGGAAUCAGAGGAAAAUAAACGCACGAGGACUGCCUAUACGCGAGCCCAGCUGCUGGAGCUGGAGAAGGAGUUCCUGUUCAACCGCUACAUCUCGAGGCCGCGCCGCGUGGAGCUGGCGCUCACCCUGAGCCUCACCGAGCGCCACAUCAAGAUCUGGUUCCAGAACCGGCGCAUGAAGUGGAAGAAAGAGGAGGACCGGAGGAGGGCAAGGGGGGGUGACCCGGACCAGGACUCCUCCAUCAGCUCUGGGGACCAGGGGGAGGCCGCGGGAGGGGUCACAUCUACGAACGGAGCUCACACCACCUCACCCCCCGUUUCCCCGUUGCACGGUCCCGCCCUCUCCGCACCUAAGGCCAGGGAGCUCGCAUAG